AUGCUGCACCUGGCAGCAGCAGCAGCAGCAGCAGCAGCAGCAGCAGCAGCAGCAGCGGCCGUCUUGCUGCAGUUGAGCACUGUGCCAAGCAGCAGCGCCAGUACCAGCAGCAGCAGCAGCAGCAGCAGCAGCAGCAACAGCAGCAGCAGCAGCAUCAGGCGCACAUUCUGCCAGUCUGUGGAAAGACAGCUGAACACCAGCAGCUUCUGGCGAAGCUGUUUAGAGCGGUACUUCCCCACGGAGAGCAGCAGGCUGAGCACUGUUGCUGCGCUGCACCGAGGAGUCCGCCGUCUUGCUGCUAGAGGCUCUGACCUGGGCUCUUUGCUGCUGCAGCAGCAGCAGCAGCAGCAGCAGCAGCAGCGGCAGCAGCAGGGCCGGAGAGAAGCAGAAGAGGCGUUCUCUUCCCGCAGCAGCGCAGGCAGUGCAGAAGCAGCAGCAGCAGCCGGAAGAGAACCAGCAGCAGCAGCAGCAGCAACAGCAGCAGCAGCAGCAGCAGCAGCAGCAGCAAGCCUCAGCAGCUUGCGAGACAAAGUUCUCUGCAGCGACCGCCACACAACUCGUUUGCUGCUGCACAGCUACCGCACAAGCCUCAUGAAUAGGCAGCAAUACGAGGCCUUCAGCAGCAGCAGAGCAGCACUUAAAGCUGCUGCUGCUGCUGCUAUUCCCGGCUUCUUUGCUGCUGCUGCGCCAGCGGUCCUCGGCGCCUCUCGCAAAAAGCAGCAGCAGCAGCAGCAGCAGCAGGGGGAAGCCGCUGUGUCCUCGGGGACAGCAGACUCUGAGGAUGCUGCUGCUGCUGCUGCUGCUGCUGCUGCUGCUGCGUCUCCUGUCCCACCUGGUGCUGCCGUCCCCGCUCUUCCAGGAGAGGCUCCUGAAGGCUGCCCAACAGCAGCAGCAGCAGCAGCAGCAGCAACAGCAGCAGCAGCAGCAGGGAGCCUGAGUGUCCCUAGCGGGGCUACAGAGCUUCUCUGCUACGUCGCGCAGCAGCAAAUGCAUGCAGUGGUGGAGCUAGCCAUGCGGCUUGCUGCCUUAAAUAGCCAGCAGCAGGAGCAGCAGCAGCAGAAGCAGCAGCAGCAGCAGCAGCAGGAGCAGCAGCAGGAGCAGCAGCAGGAAUGGGUGCUGCCGAACGCGGAGGCCAUCGUCACGCAAGAAACUCGUUUGCUUGAAGAGCUCCCUACAAUUGCUGAAGUUGUUGCAACGAUGAAGCAGCAGCAGCAGCAGCAGCAGCAGCAGCAGCAGCAGCAGCAGCAACAGCAGCUAGAUGAGACGGAGGCUGUGGCGAGCCAAAGAAAGCGCUCACGGCACAGCAGCAAAGACAGCGCCAGCCACAGCAGCAGCAGCAGCAGCAGCAGCAGCAGCAGCAGCAGCAGCAGCAGCAUGGUCCACAUCCCUGCAGCUGCGUACGAGACAGCAGCUGCUUUGCUGCUGCGCCUUUGGCUGCUGCCGACCUUUUAUGUGCAGGGCUCCAUUGAUAUUGGUGGCCUUGCAGCAGCAGCGCAGCAGCGAGAAGCUGAAGCAGCAGAAGCAACGGGAGACCCAGGUUUUGCUGCUUUGUGGUCCGAGUUCAUUUCUUCCGCUGUUGAGGCCUACGCUGCAGACGACGCCGAGCAGCAGCAACAGCAGCAGCAGCAGCAGCAGCAGCAGCAGCAGCAGCAGCAAUUCUUGAGGCUGCCUGACGUCGAUUUGUUUGGUCUCUUUUUGCUGUCGAGGCUUCACAGCAAAUGGAAAAGAACAGACGGCGAAGGAGACAUCAUGCAGGUGGCUGCUGCUGCUGCUGCUGCUGCUGCUGCUGCUGCUGCUGCUGUCGCCCGCGCUGCGGCUAGUCCUGCUGUUGCUGCUGCUACUGUCAUCGCAUCUGCUGCUGCUGCUGCUGCUGCUGUGGAUGUUGCUGGUGCUGACGCCACUGUUACCAUCGCGACUGCUGCUGCUACUGCUGCUGCUGCUACUGCUGCUGCUGCUACUGCUGCUGCUGCUACUGCUGCUGCUGCUACUGCUGCUGCUGCUACUGCCGGUGCUGUUACUGCUACUUUCGCCGCUGCUGCCGUUACUACUGCUGGUACUGUUGCUGUUACUGCUGCUGCUGCUGCUGCUGCUAGUGUUGCUGCUGCUGCUGUUGCUGCUGCUGUCGCAGUUACUGUUGCUGCUGCUGCCGCUACUGCUGCUUUUACUGUUGCUGCUGCUGCUACUGCUGCUGCAGCUACUUGA